ACCUCUUCCAGCCUCGUUCAAUCACGCUGGUACGGUGGACCUAACAUAACAAGUUUCGGUGCUUGCCUUGUAUGAGAACGCCCUUUCCGGGUCCGGCGAAGUCAACAUGGAAGGUUCGAGCGUGACGGGGCGAGGCCAAAAGGUGACCUGCGUCGACCGUAAACUGGUCUUGAAAGCCUAAGGUAAAUUGAGCUUCGGUGGACCGCAAAAAGAAAGCAUUCAAGACGUUGACAGCAGUAGAACCGACCGGUCUUUCUUUGCCAUGUCCCCUGCUGUAUUCGGCGACUUGCCCGAGUCAUUUCAUGGGCGACAUGAUUCCCAUAUCAACUCCUGAACUUUUGUAUAAGUAUCUGGCAAUCGCAGUUGUGCCUGUAGGGUACGGAUCUGACAAGUCGACAACGUCGAAUAUGGUACCACUACAAGACGCACUCACUGCACUUAUACUUAUCAUCGCGUCCUACGUCGCGCAUCUCAUCUGGUCGCGUAGACGAGUACAAAGGGGCAUAGCGAACAUCCCCGCCCCGAAGUCCGUUUCAUUCUGGACCGGGAACCUGCCUUUGUUAUACGACCCUCAACGCGGAUGGCCUUUUCUCGACAGCAUACAAGAUGCUUGCAGCGUUUUCAGGCUUACCACCCCGAUUGGUUUCAAUGACAUGAUCUACGUGGCAGACCCCUCUGCGUUGUAUACCAUCUUCAAGAAGGAUGAGGCUCUAUUUGAGGAGAGAGAAGGUUUUAUGCUCAUCAAGCGUAUUCUCUUUGGGGCCCACAGCGUCCUCGUUACGGAAGGACAUAAACACCGAAAACAGCGUAAGUUUCUGAACCCCGUGUUCAGUAUGGGCAACAUCAAGAGAAUGUUGCCCAUAUUCUUCGGCGUGUCUCAUACGUUACGGGAGUCUUUACGCUCAUUGACCACUAACGGCGCUGUGGAAGUCGACAUGCUCAGCUGGCUCACGAGGACAGCAUUAGAGAUGAUUGGACAGGCAGGAGUUGGGCAGACACUCGAUUCGUUGGCCAUCGAAGAGACGUCAAGUGCUUAUGGUACUGCAAUCAAGGAGGGGAUAUCAGCUCUCUCGUUACCUUCCCUUCGGAUAGGCGCGGAGUACCUCCUACCCCUCGCUUCACGUAUGUGCACACCUCGAACUUGGAAAUAUAUAAUCGACCGGCUUCCACUUCAAGAUGUUCGAAGGACUAAGAACAUGGUAGAUGAGAUUGAAAGAACAUCGAGGGAGAUAUAUGAGGCAAAGAAGAUAACCCUGGCCAAGGGAGACGAGAGCACGUUACAGCAAGUUGCGGAGAAGGAUUUGAUCAGUCUGCUCAUGCGUGCGAAUAUGAGCGCAAGUGGAGAGGAUCGGUUGGAGGACGAGGAGGUUGUGGCACAGAUCUCAUGCCCCAGAUCGUUCGUGUUCGCCGCCACUGAUACAACCUCCUCGGCACUCUGUCGCACCUUGAGCCUGCUCGCCGAACACCCUGCUGCUCAGGAACGCCUGCGAGAAGAGAUAGUAAAGGCACUGCACAUUUGUGAGGGCGGGGAAAGCAGAUAUCUGAGUCAUGAUGAGAUACAGGCAUUGCAGUUCUUGGAUGCUGUUUGUCGGGAGACACUACGAUUGUAUACCCCGACACCUCAUAUCGACAGAAGGGCCCUCGAAGACACCGUUUUGCCGCUUGAUUCCCCCAUAACUGACGUUCAUGGUACUGAGAUCCAUGAAAUAUUCAUUCCGAAAGACACGGUGUUGACCAUCGGUAUCGCGAGCAUGAACCGGAGUGCAAAGCUCUGGGGGCCGGACGCGAUGAAGUGGAAGCCAGAGCGAUGGAUGGAGGAGCUACCAGAGAGUGUGUUAUCCGCACGGUUACCGGGCAUAUAUUCGAAUUUGAUGACAUUCGGUGCCGGAAAAAACUCCUGUCCGGGUUUCAGGUUCUCUCAGUUCGAAAUGAAGGCUGUACUGUGUGAUCUCAUCAGCGCCUUCCGUUUCUCUCCCUCACCCAGACACUCCAAGGUCAUAUUUUCGAUGUCGAUCAUUGCAUCUCCGACAGUGGAUGGAAAGCCUUCUUUGCCCCUUAUUUUGGAAGCCGUCACCCCUGUUGUGUGA